AAUUUGAUACAGGUACUUUUGCAUUCAUAUCUUAAUGGAAUAUGUACCAAAAUUCUAUUGAACCUCAUUAUAAAGAUUCAAAAUAUAUGGAUUUACUGAUGAAAAUGUUUUGCAGCUAACUAUAUUUUAUAUUAUAGGCAAUAUAGAUUUUCUUGUAGUCAUCAGACCGAAGGUAGCGACAACAGACCGAGGGUAGUGGCGUCAGACCGAGGGUAGCGAUAUCAGACCGAGGGUAGCAACAUCAGACCGAGGUUAGCCAUAUCAGACCGAAGGUAGCGACAACAGACCGAGGUUAGCCAUAUCAGACCGAAGGUAGCGACAACAGACCGAAGGUAGUGGCAUCAGACCGAGGGUAGCGAUAUCAGACCGAGGGUAGUGACAUCAGACCGAGGGUAGCGACAUCAGACUGAGGGUAGCGACAUCAGACCGAAGAUAGCGGCAUCAGACCGGGGUUAGCGACAUCAGACCGAGGGUAGCGGCAUCAGACCGAGGGUAUAGCGGCAUCAGACCGAGGGUAGCGACAACAGACCGAGGGUAGCGAUAUCAGACCGAGGGUAGCGACAUCAGACCGAGGGUAGUGACAUCAGACCACCGAGGGUAGCGACAACAGACCGAGGGUAGCGAUAUCAGACCGAGGGUAGCGACAACAGACCGAGCGUAGCGAUAUCAGACCGAGGGUAGCGACAUCAGACCGAGGGUAGUGACAUCAGACCGAGGGAAUGGCCAGGGUUAUCAGCUGCGCUGGUCUCGUUCUCGUUGUCCUGCUCGCCGCAUUGGGCGGGGUGCGCGGAGGCCAGCACGCAGAGACGGAGCUGCGCAGGCUGCUGCUGGCAGACUAUGAUAGUGACAGCCUGCCUGAACGCGGCCUCAACCUGUCACUCAGUGUCACUAUUCUGGGCAUAGACAUGGACGAACAGAAGCACACGCUCUUUGUGGACGUCUGGAUGAAAAUGAAAUGGUACGACCGGCGCUUGAUGUGGAACAACGAGAGCUACCCUGGCAUCGAAUAUCUCUCGUUCUCCAAGGGACAUCUCUGGAGGCCUGACCUCAGCCUCUAUAACAACGCUGACAUGGGCGUGUCAGACCCGUUCACGAGCACGAAGAUGUUGCUGUGGCCGCACGGCAAGGUGCUGUGGGUGCCCACUGCACGUCUGCCCGCGACGUGCGUCAUGGACCUGACGUACUGGCCUCAUGACGUGCACAACUGCAUCGUCAAAGUGGGGUCAUGGGUGCACAGCCAGAAGGUCAUGGACCUGAAGAAGUACAGCGAGAGUACUUUGGAAACGAUGAUUCCUAAGAAAAUAAUCCACGGCGAUGAAGAGAAAGACGAUGAGAAAGAGCAGAGCAAGCAGCAGAGCGACGUGAACGCUUUGUCACGAGGCACGUGGAUUCUCACGGACAAACGUACGAGUUUCACGGGCAAGAUUUACUCGUGUUGUCCUGAGACGUACGUGAGCAUGAAACUUGCGCUCACGGUCAAGCGAAACGCCCCCGCUUACUCCUGGAUGGUCAAAGUUCCAGCCGUAGUUCUGAGUCUGAUGACGAGCCUGAUCUUCAUGAUGCCCCCUGGGAGCACCGAGAAGCUGGUGGUGGGUUGCCUGCUGGUGCUGCUGCAGCUACAGUUCCUGGCAUACGUAGACGACGUCGUGGUGCUCUCGCCCUCACACACGCCUCUUAUAGUGCAGUACGUGAGCGAGCAAGUGCUGCUGACGGGGCUGUUCGUGCUGCUGUCAGCGGUGCUGCUGCGUGUCGUGUCAGACCCUCACGCUGACACAUUCCCGCGCGUCUUCCGCAAGCCUGUCGCGCUGCUCGAGCGAGUGCUCUUCUUGUCAGCCUACAGGUUCAAGGCUGAGCAGACUUGCUCGAAAUGGCAGAAGUCUUCCCGCGCCAAAGGCCACAACGGCGCCACGGACGAGAACGCGGCCAUCGUCGUCGAUCAUCACGACCAAGACGAGACUUUCCCACACGUCGUGUCUGCCGAGUGGCUGCUGCUGGGAGCUUUGCUCGACAGGAUCUUCCUUAUCCUUUACCUGUUGAUCUUCAUCAUCAAACUGCUGUGUUACUGCGGGGUCUUCUAGAGUCCCUAGAGUCCUUAGGAGGUCGAAAACCUCCAGCUAGAGUCCAUAGAAAACGCUGUUGAUCUUCAUCAUCAAGCUGCUGUGUUACUGCGGGGCCUUCUAGAGUCCCUGGAGUGCUUAAGAGGUAAAAAAAAACUUCUAGAGUCCAUAGGAAACGCUGUUGAUCUUCGCCUCCAAGCUGCCCUGUUACUGAGGGUUCUUCUAGAGCUUCUAGGGAACGCUGAUCUUCAUCUUCAAGCUGCUCUGUUACUGCGGGAUCUUCUAGAGUCUCUAGGGAACGCUGAUCUUCAUCUUCAAGCUGCUCUGUAACUGAGACGUCUUCUAGAGUCCCUAGUUAACGCUGUAGAUCUCCUCGCUCAACCUUCUCUAGCAAGAGUAACUAUGUUAUUCAUGAGCUGCCGUCAGCAAUUGAAAUAAAUAAGUCUUCGAUAUAGACAGCUUCAGAUGUUCAUUAUUUGAAUAGUAUUUGGCGAAUUUCUUGGAUUUUUAAUAAAGAAUUGUUAGAACUACUUU